CGGGGUUUGAAUUUCGAGCUCCGUCCUUUUUUUUUUUUUUUUUUUUUUUUGAACUUGUUUGUAUCCCGCAAGAAGUGCGAUCGGGAUCUAGACGAGAGUAUGGCUAUCGCAGGAGAGGGAGGAAGAUUGUGGUCAAGCUCAAGAACAAGAAGAAGACGAAGAAGAGGAGGAAGAAGAACAAGCAGAAGAAGGAGCGGAUUCGAUCUGUCCCCGAAUGGAUGCUCGGCGUUUGUGUUUCUCGGUGCUGCCGUAGUGUUUGCGCUGGCCCUCGGCGGGUAUGGCGCGCAGGCGGAGGCUGUUGACGGCAACGGAUAUGGCGGGCAGGUCAUGGCUGCCCCCCUGGGGCGAUCAUCGGCGGAAGACAGGCUGGCGGCGGCCAUAUCCUCCGCGGGCUCGUCGGCGGAUCUUGUCGUCGUUGUGGUCAACGAAAAUAUCGUUCUGACGAAGGCUCUGCCUGUUCUCAAGGGGAGGGUCGUCAUCAAGGGGUCGUGCAGGAGGCGGCGCAAGAGCGGCGGCGGCGGCGGCGGCAAGUCGACGAGGGGAGGGGAAGGGAGGAGGAGUGAGGGCAGGGGGAGGAGAAGGGAGGAGGAGGAGGAGGAGGGGGUAGGUGCUGCUCCUGAAAGUGUUGGAAGAAAGUGUGUCAUCGACGGCGCGGGCAAGUUCCCGAUCGUCGUCGGCGCUAACGCGACGUCGACUUCCGCCGCCGCUUGCGCGAUGACCAUCGAGAACCUGGUCUUGCAGAACGCGGUGGGGGGCAUAGUGAGCGGCACGUGCCAGCUGCGCGUGACCAGGUGCAUCCUGCGCAACAAUACGAAACGGGUUGGUGCCGCGAUCACCGUUGGCGUUGGGUCGGGAUCGGGAUCGGGAUCGAGCGCGCAGUGGGAAGUGAAUGGGUGCGUGUUUGAAGGCAACGUGGCGAGCGGAUUGGGCGGCGGAGCGAUCUUCAGCGCGUCGGCGGGCGCGGGGAGAGUCGUGCGAUCGCUCUUCCGCCGCAACAGCGCGCCGAGCGGGAGCGGCGGCGCGCUGUUCCUCGUGGCCAGGGGUGAUGACACGCGCCUCGAUCGCGUGACCUUCGACUCCAACGAGGCCAACGACAACGGCGGCGCCGUCUUCGUCUACGGCUUUGACUCCUUCCCGCGCAAGGUCUUCUUCUCUAGGUCGUCGUUCACAAUGAACCUCGCUGCUUCUGGCUAUGGCGGCGCCGUCGCUUUGCACACGCUCGUUGAUGCUCGGUUCUGUGCGGGAGGCCGACUUACGCACAACGGCAAUCGAGCUCUUCAGAGAGGCAAGGGGCACGAUAUCGCUCUCCUUCACUCAAACUACUGGCCACCCAUCAGCUUGGCCUUCUGUCCCGGCGGAUUGCCACGUGGCCUAAACCUGUUCGUCACCCCCAGCGAUGUCGUGCAAGUCUCUCUCCCUACCACCCCCUCCUCCUCCUCUUGCGAUGGCUGUCCUCCUGCUAACCGCCUCAAGCCGACUCGAUCAGGAAGGUCUAGAUUAACAUCACCACCACUUUUGUCCCCUUCUUCGUCUUCCUCUGCCGUGUUCUUCGAAUAGUGGCAGGAGGUAGAUGCCGGCAAUGACCGGAAUCAAUAUAUACUGAUGCUCACUGCGAGCGACGAUGGUCGGGAUCGGGGAUCAGGUAGGAAAAUGGCGGGAAAACCCAUCAAAUGGUGUCCUGGAUCUCCUUGGAGAUUCCUGAUGCAAAUCUGUUGUCAUCAACGGGUAUUCUUUCUCACUGCGCGCCGACGACAGUGGAGAGUAGCUGUCGAAAAAAAUGAAGGGGACGAUGCUCAGAUGUGUCGGAUCUCCUUGGAGAUGGCGGGAAUGGCGGGAGAUGGCGGGAAAUGGCGGGAAUGGCGGGAAAUCAUCAUGUCACUGCGCGCCGACAGUGGAGAGGAGCUGUCGAAAAUGACGGCGGAGAGCAGCUUUCGAAAAUGGCGGGUGCUCAGAUGGACUCAGAUCUGCUUGGAGAUGGCGGGGAAUCUUUGUAAUCACCGACGGUGGCGGCGGCCCGCGGUGACGGCGGAAGCUUUGCGCGGAUCCCGCGGGAGCUUUGCGCGGAUCCCGCGGGAGCUUUGUGGGGACAUGGCGGCAAUGGUGGCGGAAUCUGGCGGAGUCUGUCCGCAUGGUUGCGGAAUGGCGGCGGAGUGCUGGCGGAGUGCUGGCGGAAUGGUGGCGGAAUCUGGCGGGGUCGUAAGCGGUGAUGGCGUGAACUUUUCUUGGAUAUGGCGGGAACUUUGCUUGGAUAUGGGGGGAACUUUGCUCGGAUAUGGCGGGAACUGUCCUCGGAUAUGGCGGGAACUUCGCUUGGAUAUGGCGGGAACUUUGCUCGGAUAUGGCGGGAAUCUUACUCGGAUAUGGCGGAAAUGGCGGGAACUUUGCGCGGAGAUGGCGGGAUCGAUGGCUAGCCAGAUGUAGAGCAGAGGGAGUGGACUUGCUGAAGAAGUCGGCAACGAACAAGAAGAGCCGCUGUGCGGGCCUGGUUGCACUACUCGCCAUCUGCCAAAAUUCUGAAUGGAUCUGAACCGAAAUUCUGUCCUGAUGCAUUCGCAAUGUUGGCAGAUGGGCCGAGAUGGCGAGGAGUGCAAAUAUGCCCUUUUAAGUACGGGGAACGUUUCUCUAUAUCCUGCUUUCUGCGUCGUUGUACGGAUUUUUUUUAUUAUUAUUUUUUCAAAAAAGCUGUCUUCUCCUCAUCGGGGGACAGCUAUUUAUAUAUUUUCUCACCUCACAUAUUUUAACUGGCGAAAGGAAAAAAGAGUUGUUCACUUUUUUUUUUGUUUUUUUUUUUCAAUUAUAGCGGUUUCCUUUUCUGUUAAGGGUAUUUCUGUUUUGAAAGUCGGAGCCAAUAAGAGGAUUUAUAAGACCAGC